AUGGCAGUACCAAGGACUUUCCUGAUCCUCCUUGUCACAGAGCUGACACUCAUCUCUUCAGAAAGGCUUUUCCAUGCCCGGGAUCGCUCUGAUAUCCAGACGAGGCCAAGGGAUAAAGCCGACUCCAUCCUUACAAGAGAAUAUGCUCAGAACUAUCUCUGGAAAUAUGGCUGGAUUGAACCAGUCCUCUGGGACUCUUUGCCAUUCCGUGGAGUUCCAGCAGCUUCAGAGGAGAAUGUUGCCCCUCCAGAUAUUUCCACCCUUCUGAGUGAAGGACAAUCACCAUCUGCCCAGCCAGAGACUCAUCGAGGUCCAGAACCAACACUAAACCCAAGAUUUGUCGGAGCAUUGCAAAGAUUCCAGGAGGCCAAUGGGCUGAGAGUAACGGGGGAGCUGGAUGAUGCCACGCGGGAGGCCAUGAACGCUCCCCGCUGCGGGGUUCCUGACCGCAAGGUCACAGAUGUAGAAAAAUUAGAUAAAGUCAACAGACUCAACAAUGAC